AUGGCCCGACCAUCAUGGAUUGUCUCUCCCCUGCCGUACUUACUACUACGACUGCUACUGUUGUGUUCUCUACUUUCUCUCGUUGCUUCUCGUCCCACUAUAGAUCACCGUGAUCCCUUCUCCACGGCAUGCUCGCCUACCACGGCAGUACCCCUCGCUCACCAUUGCAUUGACUCGGAUCCCCACGACCAUUCGGCUUCGUCUGGAUCCCUUGCGACAGCCGCCCUUGCGGUCUAUGAACAGCAGCAGCCCGCUCCCGCUGACCACUCGGCGAGCUCGACAUUGGCAGUCGCUGCCGAGUCGCUUCAGCAGAUGACGCGCAAGGUCAAAGCGGCCAUUGCAACCCUCACCUCUCUAAUCCUCUACGUCUCCAUCAACAGUCUAGCCCGGACCCUCCGCCCCAACGCCUGGGUCUGGUACGAAGAGGAUAAGGAAGAGCCGAGCUGGCUGGCCACCUCGGGGUCAUGGUUCGACCGCAAGGCAUGCCGCUGGCUCGGAGUCUGCGGCGCAACACACUUUCGCAUGAUCUCCCGACACUAUGGACAUCGUGAUCCGACGCGCUGGUCCGAAUUGAAUGACGAAAAUUUGGCAAAGAAGCCGUGGCGGACGUGGUGGACUAGCGGGGCCGAUAAGGAUAAUCAGUCCGAGUGGGAUGCCGAUGAGCGGGCGCGACGGGAGAUCCCCGACUACGUCUUCGACUAUGCCCCACUCGUCCAUCUUUAUUCCGGCGAGCAGUUUUGGCCCGGGGAUAUCGCUGAGCAUUUAUAUCAUACGACGCCCAUGCUCAAUUAUACCCCGAUUCAGGCCCAAUGGGAUCAUCCUACGUUGGAAGAUUUGAAUGGGUUGAAUCAGUGGGAGGGUGGUCGCCAUGUGUUUUUGACUAGUGAUGAUGACCCCACUACGCGCCCGCCGUGGCUUGAAGGGGAGCAGAAUAUUCCCCGCAUACCAGGGAAUGAUGAAGAUGAAGAUGGCAACGGCAAUGGCAAUGCCUUGGAUGAGUCUUGGGCCGAUUGGGAUGGCCGAGUCGACGGUGAAAUUCUAGAUGAGAGUGAUGACGAUCGCGCCGAAUGGGACGACUUGAGACGAUAUACCGAGGAAGGACGGGACCGCAUAGAACAGGAACAGCUAGCGCGGGAAUCAGAGGAAGCCCAUCGCCGCUUCAAGCAGGAAUUGAGGAAGCGAUACGGGGGGCAUCCUCCUGUUCAGGAACCUCUUCAGGGGAGUCGCAAUCAGGGCGCUGGAGGUCGCAGUGAUGCGCCUGCAGUCUUGCUGGUGAUGGACAAGGGAAACGGAAUUGUGGACGCCUUUUGGUUCUACUUUUACAGCUUCAACCUUGGGAAUACCGUUGUCAACGUGCGAUUUGGGAACCACGUUGGCGAUUGGGAACACUGUCUGAUGCGAUUCCACAAUGGCCAGCCGAAGGCCCUCUUCUUCAGCGCGCACACUGCCGGCGAGGCAUAUCGGUACGAAGCAGUUGAGAAAAUUGGACGACGGCCGGUCAUCUACUCCGCCGAAGGAAGCCACGCCAUGUACGCUCACGCCGGCGUCCACGAAUACAUCCUCCCCUGGGGCCUCCUCCACGACAUCACAGACCGCGGCCCCCUCUGGGAUCCCGUCCUAAACGCCAAAGGCUACACCUACGACUACGACACGGACGACCUCCGCUCAUCAACAUUUACACCUGACGCACCGACGGAGUGGUUCUAUUUCCGGGGCCACUGGGGUGAUAAAUUUUACCCGCUGGGUGAUUCUCGGCAGUAUCGCUUUGCGGGCCAGUACCAUUAUGUUAAUGGGCCUAUUGGACCGAGAUUUAAGCAUUUGAAUCGUCGGAAGGUGUGUCAGGGACCUGAUCGCGAGGCUUGUGUUAUUAGGGAUUACAUUGGUGAGGCGAAGAGGGCGCCUAGGUGGGCUGAGGUUGGGGUUGGAGAGUGA